CCAAGCAAACAUGGCCAGCCCGACGGACGAGGCGGCCUGCUCGGGCGACGGGAAAAACGAGGCCCACGGCAUGUAUGCGAGCAUGAUGGAGAGUGUCGGCAUUGACAUUAUAGACGAGAUGGAGACGGUGGACGAGACAGAGCCAGAGCCAGAAGACAGACCUGAAAGUUUGAACGAUCCAGAGAUUCAUAAUGGUGGUGGUGCGGGAAACAGAGACAAGACCUAUGAUAGAGCCAUGUCACAUGAGGAGAAUGAUCAGUUAUUUCAGAGGGAGGAAGAUCUUGACAUUCAAGAAGAUGGCCCAGUAAAUGAAGCAAAGAUCACUGACGAUACCAAGUCAAGCGAAAGUGAUGAGGAGGAAGUUAAGGAGAGGUUGAUCACCAACAGCCUUGGCAAUGUGCUCUCCAUGUUUUUCAGAAAGGGAAAUAAUGGAGCUUUGAAAACUGAAACCUUGCAAGGUCAGCAAUGCCAUAGCAACAGUUCAAACAAGAGUGGCAACACAGGCACUGACGAUGUAAAUGAUGGUAUUAACGAGGCUGCUGCUGAUGCAAGCAUACCGGUGGAGCAGAAACACUUGACGGAGGAUAAGGAACAAGUGGAAGAUCAGACAGGAAAGAAUAUCAAAACUGAUGAUAGCAAUUUGCAAGAAGCUGCAAGUGAUUCCAAUAGUGUAAUUGGCCAGAAAGAAGGAAUUGAGUGCAUGAAGGAAAGCAGUCACGGCAUAGCUGACAAGUAUGGAUCCUAUAUUAAAGUCACAUUAUCUGGAUAUUUCCUGUGUGAGGUUUGCUUAUCAGAGAUGAAUGGCUUGCCAUCUUUAGAGCUUCAUGUCAGUGGUAUGAAACAUUUAAAGAGAGUGGCUGUUUAUGAGAAGAAUAAAGCACUGAUUUGCCAAGAUGGAAGAAACCAAGCUGUACAGCAAAUGCUUGAACAGAAACACAGUGAAGAUGUCAAGAGCAAGGAUAACAUGACAAAAUCUAAUAACAGGAGUAAGAGAGAUGGAGAGAGAGAGAAAAUCCGAUAUAGGGAAGGAGACAGAAGUAGAGAUAGAGAGAAAGAGAGUGGCCCGUACAGAGGUGAAGAUAGAAAUAGAGAUCGAGAGAGAGAGGGAGGCCAGUACAGAGGUGGAGACAGAAGUAGAGUUGGAGAGAGAGAGAGUAACCUGUACAGAGAUGGAGGCAGAGAUAGGGAGAGAGACAGAAAUAGGAGUAUAGAGACAGAGAGGUUUGGAAGUAGGGACAGAGACAGAAAUAGGUUUGGCAGUAAGGACAGAUACAGAAAUGUAAGUCAAGAAAGAGACAGAUACAGAGAUGCAGAUACAGCAAAAGGUGGUUACAGAAAUGGAAACAGAGAUAGAGACAGAGACAGAUACAGAGAUAGCAGAGAUGGAGACCGAUAUGGAAGCAGGGACAGAGAUCGAGUUGGAAGCAGGGACAGAGAUCGAGUUGGAAGCAGGGACAGAGAUCGAGUUGGAAGCAGGGACAGAGAUCGAUAUGGGGGAUUAAGCAGAGACAGAGACAGAUACAGAGGUGGAAGUGGCAGCAGGGAUGGAGUCAGAUACAGAGGUAGAAGUGGAAGCAGGGAUAAAGGUGGAUACAGAGAUAGAAGUAGAAGCAGAGAUCGGGACAGAUACAUGGGUGGAAGUAUAGGCAGAAACAGAGACAGAGAUAGAAAUAUAAGCAGGGAGAGGAACUUCCCAUACUCAGACUCUUCAGAGCCUCCAUAUGACAGAGCAGGAUACAAUGAUGGCGGCUUUGAUUAUCAAGAUCAAACACAGAGGAGAUAUGAUUCCCCUUAUAGAAGAGGGAGUCCAGUGCAUCAGGGUAAUGCCAGUUUAUCAUAUGGCAACUACACAUAUUCAAGAAGAGGAGAUUCACCAUACCAGUCGACAGAGAACUCAUUUUACCAAAGGAGAGCGAGCCUACACCAUGGAGGAGAGAGUUCAUAUCAGGAAAGGGGAAGGCUCAAUGACAUUCAGGGUGCUCCUCAGAGUCAGUUUCAGAGACAAGAGCAAGCACCUGCGGCUCCAGUUUUCACAGCUGCAGAUUACCAGUUGAAUUUCCCCCACACAAAUCCUCAGGCUCCAAAGGAAGAUGUUCUUCAAGGUGCAGUCGGGCAUUGGCUGAUGCAUAUGGCAUCAUGCAGUAUGGAGAGUAAGGAAGAUGUUGACAUGGGCUUAAAGAUCAUAAGCCUGUUCCUGAAGCCACUCAAGGAAUACAGUUGCAGACUACAGGAUACAUCAUCCUCAGAUCUGAUAGCAGCAACAGAGGUUAAUUUGCGAUCACUACGAGAAUAUAACCUCUCCAGCAAGCAGACAAUAAUGGACUUUUUAUUGAAAAAUAGUGCACAAUCAACCUUGAGGCAAACACAAAAUGAACAACAGCACUAUGAUUACUAAUACUUUUUAAGAGAUUAAAGGAUGCAGAUGUUUUGUAAACAUUCUUAGUGGACUUUAUUAUAAUUGAUAUGCUAUUAACACAAAUUUUUAUAUUUGUUUUCUAAGUGAAGUUGUUUGUUUUUUUACAUUUACCAAAAUUCUUGUUAAUCCAAUACUAAUGGGUAUGGCAUGCCCACUGCGAGUUUACUUUAUUAACUAUUUUUACACGUAAAUGGUUACUCUUGUACUAAGUCACUAAUGAACCUGUCUCGCCCAUUUUAUUUUGCUGUUACUAAUGUUUAUAACAUUAUAGUAAUUAUAAUGUCUAUAAUAAAAGUAACACCAUGAAUUUUCAUAGCAUAAGUAAAAAAAUACGUUUUUCCCGCCAGUUCAAGGAAAGGGGAAAUCAGACAAGGUCACAAGGUCUACUAAUUGACUCCUUUGUGGCUAAGCACUAGCAGAGCCAUCUAUGUGCAGAGACAUUUCAUUAAAAAAAAUAGGUAAUGAAAACAGCAUUUUUCCUGGCAGCAUGUGGUUAAAAAAAAUAUGUAAGAAAUUGAAUUGUUAGCAUUGAUAUACCACUGCAUAUGAAAUCAUUGUAUCCUAUUUUUACACUAAUUUUUGUUGUUACUAGUUUCUGAAAUGAUGCUCCAACAGAUUUUUUUUAUGUUCUUAUAUUGCACUUUAUGUAAGUUUGUAAGAUAUACUUCACAAAUAGAAUGUUGUACAGGUAACUGAUGUAAUAGUUAUAAAAUUUAAGAGAUCG